AUGGGUGAAGAAGCAACUAAAACUCUUUGGGAGUAUGGUGUACCAGAUACUGCAACUGGUGCAUUAUCGAGCAUUGUUCGACCAGCUGUCAAUGCUGCAAAUUUUGAACUUAAGCCUCCAUUCAUCCAGUUCAUCUCCAACAAUUUAUUUGCAGGGUUACCCAAUGAAUGCCUUGUGAGUCACAUUGCUAGUUUCUUGGAGAAAUGCGACACAGUGAAAAUCAACAAUACCGCGAAGCUGAGGAAUGAGUUAGCAACCUUUGAGCAACAUGACGACGAAUCAUUGUAUGAAGCAUGGAGAAGAUUUCUACGUUUGCAAAGACAAUGUCCUCAUCACGGGAUUCCUGCAUGGAUGUUGAUACAGACUUUCUACAAUGGUUUGACACAUGAGUUUCGUAUCUACAUUGAUGCUGCUUCAGGCGGUUCCCUCAUGACUAAGAAUCCAACGGAAGCAAUGGAGUUGAUUGAGAAUAAGAUGCGGCGAACGACAAUUACCAUCCAAGUGGUCGAAACCGUGCUAAGAAGGGAGGCACUAUCUCACAAGUUUGAUCGACUCCAAGCUGGUUCAUCUAUGAUGGUCUCAUGUCAGAUGUGCGGGGUACAAGGACAUGCUGCUACAGAAUGUCAAAUCAACAAUGAUAGGAUGACAAUUGAGCAAGCCAAUAGAAUAUCAAACCUUAUUAACCUUAGCUCUUGA